ACCGCAUUGAAUCAUUUUUAUUGUUUUUAUGUUAAUAGUUUUGUUCCCACUUAUUUUACUGUGUAUUAGCUCAUCAUGAGCGAUGUUUUAAAGAGCUCGCAGGAGCGCUCGCGUAAACGCCGUCUCUUGUUAGCCCAGACGCUUGGAUUGUCGAGUGUCGAUGAGCUAAAAAAGGUACUGGGCAACGCAGAAGAUAGCAACAGCUACGCUGGCGGCGGCAAUCGGCCGCUAAAUGCGAGUGGACAACGGGAUGAAGAUGAGACCGGCGCGUCCUCGUCGAAAAAAACACCUGAGAUUAUUUACAGGGACUCGUCGACAUUUCUAAAGGGCACACAGUCUUCCAAUCCGCACAAUGAUUACUGCCAGCACUUUGUGGACACCGGCCAGAGGCCACAGAACUUUAUACGCGACGUGGGAUUGGCGGAUCGCUUUGAGGAGUAUCCCAAAUUGCGCGAACUCAUCCGGCUGAAGGACAAGCUAAUUCAGGACACUGCGUCGGCGCCAAUGUAUCUGAAAGCCGAUCUUAAGACUCUUGAUGUAAAGACGCUGGGCGCCAAGUUCGAUGUUAUACUUAUUGAGCCACCAUUGGAGGAAUAUGCCAGAGCGGCACCCGCGGUGGCCACAGUGGGCGGAGCGCCGCGUGUGUUUUGGAAUUGGGAUGACAUUUUGAAUCUGGAUGUUGGCGAAAUUGCCGCCCAUCGUUCGUUUGUCUUUCUCUGGUGCGGUUCAUCAGAGGGCCUAGAUAUGGGACGCAAUUGCCUGAAAAAGUGGGGCUUUCGUCGCUGCGAGGAUAUUUGCUGGAUACGCACAAACAUUAAUAAGCCGGGACACUCCAAGCAGCUUGAGCCGAAAGCUGUUUUUCAACGUACUAAAGAACACUGCCUGAUGGGCAUUAAGGGAACGGUACGGCGCUCUACCGAUGGCGACUUCAUACACGCUAAUGUGGAUAUUGAUUUAAUUAUAUCGGAGGAGGAGGAAUUCGGUAGCUUCGAGAAGCCCAUCGAAAUCUUUCAUAUCAUUGAGCAUUUUUGUUUGGGUCGUCGGCGACUGCAUUUAUUUGGACGCGAUUCGAGCAUUCGACCAGGCUGGCUGACCGUUGGCCCAGAGCUCACCAACUCCAAUUUUAAUGCAGAGCUCUAUCAAACGUUUUUCGCGGAAGCUCCCGCCACGGGCUGCACCAGCCGUAUCGAAUUAUUGCGACCGAAAAGUCCGCCGCCAAAUAGCAAAGUUUUGCGUGGUCGUGGCCGUGGCUUUCCACGUGGACGCGGCAGACCCAGAUAGGUACCAUUUUGCAUGAAAUUGUUGAGGGGCGGCUUCUAUUUGUUAUAGAGCAAAAAUUUAUGCUACGA